CUACAAAUUCCAAGGCCGUCACUUGACUGGAUAGCACUACAACUCCCAUGAAGCCGUUCGUUCCGUCACUGCUUGUCUGACGACCUUGGAUUCCCACUGUACUGCAAGCAUGGCGAGUAAAGAUCCUAACCGGUUCCUGCAGAGCUUGAGGGACAUCGUGGGCCGCAUGACGGCUGGGGGAGGUAGAGGACCCGGGCUGGGCUUGAAGCUGCUUAUGGGUGCAGGAGCUCUGGUAUACGGCGUCAAGGAGGCCACCUACACAGUGGAGGGCGGUCAGCGAGCGAUCAUCUUCAACAGGGUCGGAGGGAUGCAGAUGGACACAGUUCUCUCUGAAGGACUGCACUUCAGAAUACCAUGGAUCCAGUACCCUAUCAUCUAUGACAUCAGAGCCAGGCCCAGGAAGAUCUCCUCUCUCACAGGAAGUAAAGACCUCCAGAUGGUGAACAUCGCCCUGCGUGUCCUGUCGCGGCCCGUGGCGUCCAACCUGCCCGCCAUGUACCAGCAGCUGGGGAAGGACUACGACGAGAGGGUGCUGCCCUCCAUCGUCAACGAGGUGCUGAAGAGCGUGGUGGCCAAGUUCAACGCCUCGCAGCUCAUCACCCAGAGAGCCCAGGUGUCCCUGCUGAUCCGCCGCGAGCUCUUUGAGAGGGCCAAGGACUUCAACAUCAUCCUGGACGACGUGGCCAUCACCGAGCUGAGCUUCAGCAGGGAGUACACCGCUGCCGUGGAGGCCAAGCAAGUCGCCCAGCAGGAAGCUCAGAGAGCCCAGUUCUACGUGGAGAAGGCCCUGCAGGACCAGAGACAGAAGAUCAUCCAGGCUGAAGGAGAGGCCGAGGCCGCCAAGAUGUUGGGCCAAGCCAUCACUAAGAACCCUGGGUACCUGAAGCUGAGAAGAAUCCGAGCAGCACAGAACAUCGCCAAGACGGUGGCGACGUCUCAGAACAAGGUGUACCUCAGCGCAGACAGUCUGGUUCUCAACCUUCAAGCUGACUCGUUUAACAACCUGUCGCUGGGGAAGAAUUAGGAAGAGGAGGAGGAGGAGAGGGUAGCCAUAGCCCUGCGUCCGUCGAGGUAUCCAUCUGUCUCCCAAGUUUCCAAGUGUCCGUCUGUCUCUAGCGAGCCUCCACGCUAGCAACACUGUCUGAUUGUACCUGCAAGUGGCUUACCGACCGACCAAUCACCUCUGCCCAGAGAGGACUGCACACCAGUGGAUGGAUAGCAUGAACUCUAGACCUGUGUGUGUGUGUGCGUGUGUGUGUGUGUGUGAGUAGCGUCCCCAUGGAAAUCAGCGGGCGAGUUCCAAGUCCCAUCUCUUGUUAGUGCUGUUGGAACAGGGGAGAUGAAUCCAUUUGAUUGAACUGGGCUGUAAUCUGUGUAGGAACAUGUGACAUCAUUAGUCAUCUGGAGUGUGAUCAUGUGUGUGACAUCAUCAGGGUCAAAUUCCCCCCAUAGCUCGAUUUAUGUAUCGAAGAAAUGUUGUUCGAAUAAAAACAGUGACAACCAAUAUAAGAAGCUACAGUUUUGAUAGUGUCCAGACAGAUGUCGGUAACUAAUUUCUCAGCCAUCUGUCCUGAGAUCUGUUUGCAUAAAGACAACAGAACAGGCAUCAGACGUAACCUUGGAAACAACAGAUGGGUAUUCCCGUUCUAAUGGUAACCAUAAUUAUUGUUAAUCUAGGUGUUUUUAUUUAAAGAUUUCUGCACUCUAUGAAUGGAGGUUAGACUUAAAGGAUGAUGUCCCCGAUUUUUGAUUCUAUGCAACUGGUGAACUGGUGAACUGUGCUUAGCUGGCCUGUUUUGCGUUGAUUUAUGGCAGUGCUGCUGCGGUGUGGUGAUGCUUUCCCACUACAGUACCAGGGAGGUCCUGGGUCCAUCCAUGAAGAGAGACAGACGGGCGCUUAGCUGUUCACUGUAUCCACAGUUCUCUACCACUGACUGAAACAUGUCGGUCAAAACAAAGACGGAACAUUAAAGAGUUCUUUUUUUUUGUUGUA